AGCCCAACAGACUACAUGACCACAGCUAACUUCUCUAUUACUUCAGCCAUAAAAAAAACACUUCUUUCUCCUUUUUAAACCAUGGCUGCUUCUACAAUGGCUCUUUCUUCCCCUUCUUUUGCCGGAAAGGCAGUGAAACUCUCACCGUCUUCCUCUGAAAUCACCGGAAAUGGGAAAGUUACCAUGAGGAAGACUGCUAGCAAGGCCAAGACUGUCUCUUCUGGUAGCCCAUGGUAUGGUCCUGACCGUGUCAAGUACUUGGGCCCAUUCUCUGGUGAGUCCCCAAGCUACUUGACUGGUGAGUUCCCUGGUGACUACGGGUGGGACACUGCUGGACUUUCAGCUGAUCCAGAAACUUUUGCCAAGAAUCGUGAGUUGGAGGUGAUCCACUGCAGAUGGGCCAUGCUUGGAGCUCUUGGUUGUGUCUUCCCUGAGCUCUUGGCACGUAACGGUGUCAAGUUUGGCGAGGCUGUAUGGUUCAAGGCUGGAUCUCAAAUUUUUAGCGAGGGUGGACUUGACUAUUUGGGCAACCCAAGUUUGGUCCACGCACAAAGCAUCUUGGCCAUUUGGGCUUGCCAAGUUGUG